AUGAGUCGCAGUCUAUUAACUUUUGUUAUUUGCGUAAUAGGAAUUAUGUGCGCAGCGAAGACAUUUUCGUCGAAGAUAUUAAGUGCAUUGGCACCCAUGAAAACUUCAAACAUGGUACAGACACCCGCCAACGUUAAAAUUGCGAGUGCUGUGGAUGAGCAAGUUCCACUAGAUGAAUUGUUUGUAGAAGGCACGCCAAGAACACCUGUGUAUUUCAUCUCCCAUGGUGGACCGACCUUUAUGUAUCCUGACGCUGAUUUUGGGACAGAUGAGGGAGCAUACAAUACUACAAAAGAACUUGGAAAGUUCAUCAGGAACGUCAUUGCCCCUCGGUUUAUUGUGAUUGUGUCUGCCCACUGGCAGUCUGGGUCUCCAAAUUUAGUGGAGAUUUCUGUGCCUGAAGCGUCAAAGGCAAGCGUUCAAAGAUCAUAUGAUGACCCACUGGCGUUUGGUUCGUCUGACGUAAAGGUCUCAGAUGAAAGAGAACUGCUAGACCCUAUGGAAAACAGGUUAAUCUAUGAUUUCCAUGGCUUCCCGGAGGAAAUGUAUAGGGAGCAGUUUCACAGCAAGACACACGACGGUCUUGCACAGCACAUCUCCGACACAAUCAAUGACGCUGGCCAUGGUUUAGAGUCUGUUUUAGUAAAGAGAGGCAUCGAUCAUGGUGUAUGGGUACCAUUUAAAGUCGCAUUCUCUACCAGCAAAGACGAUUUCAAUCCCUGGGAUGUAGAUGUGCCGCUUGUGCAGGUGUCAUUGACUUCAAGUGAUGACUUCGGUAUUCACUACAAACUUGGACAGGCGCUAUCUAAGUACAGAGAUUUGGGCGGGCUACUUAUCAUGUCUGGGAUGUCUGUUCACAACUUAAAGGAUAUAUCUAAAUCUAUUUCACUGGGGAAGCCAAUGCCAUAUGUUCAUGAAUUUGAUAAACUACUACGGGGCAUUUUGAUCAAUGACAAUGACCAUAGGGAUAAAUUAAACAAGUUAACUAAAAUGGUUGCAUCUUCCGAUACCAGAGGCCUAUUUUAUAAAGCGCAUCCAACUUUGGAGCAUUUCAUGCCUAUAGUUGUCGGCUUAGGUGCUGGUGAAGCCUUGUAUGGUGAUGACCGAUACAUUAUUAAAGAAUUGUACAGUAAUGAGAGUUACUCGUUAAGCUGGUCUCUCUUCCAGUUUGGAAAUUAUUAG